AUGUCUAAAGUAAUUCUGAAAGAGUUAAUUUUAGCUAGUAAACAUUAUAACGAGGAAGAGGCAAAAGAAUAUUUAGAAGUUAUCGUAGCUGGAAGGUUAGAACGGGAACAAAAACUUGAAAAUGAAAAUAAACUAAAACAAGAGAGGGAAUUUGAGUUACAAGUACAGAGGGAAAAGGAAAAGUUCGCACUCGAAAAACUUCGUCUAGAGGUGGAAUUAUCCAGGAUCAAUCAAAAUUUGGUUCAUAAUAGUGAUCAAGCCGUGCGUGCAAAAUCAUUAGAUGAAAUAGUUAGGAUGGUUAGGCUCUUAACAGUUAAAGUUCCGAGAGACAAAGUGUCUAAUUUGUUAGUUAAUAUAGAAGAAGGCGAAUUAAAAAAUUAUGAAUCUUUGAAGAAAUUAGUAUUACAGGAGUACGAACCUUCACCGAAAUUGUGUUUAGAAAAUUUUCGCAAAGCUAAACGUAACAACGAUGAAACAUUUUCUCAAUUUGCAUCUCGGAUAACAUCCAUGUGGGUGUAUUAUUGCAAAUCAAGGGGUGCUAGUGAUUUUGAGACUGUAAAUCAACUCAUUGUAGCAGAUAAAAUGUUCCAAACAUUGGAUUCCGAAACGGCAACCCAUAUAGGUGUGCUACAGGGGGAAAGUUGGUUUAAGCCAAAGGAAAUGGGUAAACGUUGUGAUGUAUUCUAUGCAUCCAAGGGUAAAUCCUAUGACGGGUCAGUGAGAGCCAAAAGAAAUGAUUAUGAUGAAAGAGGUUUUCAGGAAGUUAGAAAGCUUACUUGUUACACUUGUGGCUCCGAUAAACAUUUUAGACGAGAUUGUCCGAAAAUUAAGGGAGCAGACUAUAAAAAGAUUAAGGUAAACAAGGUUUCCGCUGAGGGUGCAGAAGCAGAAUCAAAAGGGGAAACAGUAGCUGCUAGGGUGGAUUUACUCGGUAAAGUAAUUCCUAGGCAUGCUAUUGAAGACAAACUUUGUAAAUUGGCAAAGGUAUCUGUCAGUGUAGCUGGGAAACUAGCCGAAGCAUUAGUGGAUUCUGGCACGGAAAUUACAGUUGUCAAAAGGGACUUAGUUCCUGAAGUUUCAGUCGAAGGUGCUUCUACAAUAUAUUUGAAGGGUAUUUUUGGUCCGGCGGUUAAAUGUCCUUUAGUGUACGUUCCAUUAAGUCUUGCUACUGGUGGCCAAGUUAAUGUGGUGCAUCAGCAAGUUUUAUGUGCUUUAGCAGAUGUUUUGGUGGAGGAUGUGUUGCUUCCACCGGAUAUUCUAAACAUGUUGGGAGGGGCCCGGAGUGAAGGAAAUUCACUGGCUCAGAACUCUCAGGAAUUGAGAGGUGAUCUGCAGGAGAAAGCACAGGAUAGCAUUAUCUUUGAGAAAACUCAAAGUGAAAUUACUUCAUGUGGGAAUGAAGUGGGAACGGUUAAUAAUAAGGAUGAGGAAGUAACCACUGAGACGGUUAAGGGAAGCAUGGUCGCUGAUACUUUUCGCUCUGAGCAGGAACAGUGUGUCGAAUUAGCAACGGCUUGGAAGCAUGCUAAAGAAGGCAAAAGUAACUACUAUGAGGUAGACGGUUAUCUGUUUCACAGAGACAAAAUACUCGGGGAGAGUAUUGGACAACUGGUAAUUCCAAAGUGUAGACGCGGUGAGGUACUCAGACUUGCUCAUACCUCAGUGUUUAGUUGUCAUAUGGGUUCUAGAAAGACUCUAGAACGAAUCAAGUACUCUUUCUUCUGGGAAGGUAUGCGGACGGAUGUCAAAAAAUUUUGCGACUCAUGUAAAGAGUGUCAACUCACUCAGAUUGUUAAAACUAGUGACAGAACGCCAAUUACGCCUGUCGUGAGGCCUGAAUUACCAUUUCAGGUAGUGAAUGUAGACCUGAUAGGUGUAAUUGAUCCUCCUAGUGCGAAAGGACAUAAAUACAUAUUAUGUCUGGUUGAUCAACAUACUAGAUGGGGCGAAGCCAUACCGUUGACUAGUCUGAAUGCUAAGGCAACAUGUGAAGCUUUGUUAAGUAUAUUUUCAAGGACAGGUAUUCCUAAUGUUAUCGCGUCUGAUAACGGGACCAAUUUCACGGCCGAACUGACUAAAGAGUUUGAAAAACGAAUAGGGAGCAGUCCAAGAUUCUCUACCCCUGGAUAUCCACAAUCAAAUGGGUUGGUGGAGAGGUUUAAUAGAACUUUAAAAAACAUGUUGCAUAAUGUAGUCAGGGAAGAAGGUAGGGGAUGGCAUUUACAAAUUCCUUAUGUGCUGUGGGCGUACAGAGAAAUACCUCAUUCAACUACAGGUGUGUCGCCAUUUCAGUUACUCUACGGUAGACCACCACAAGGUCCUUUGUCUAUCCUAAAAUCUACUUGGACAGGAAAAUUUAAUAAUGUACAAUUAAAUAGUACUUCCGUUUCCAAAUACCUGGAAAAUUUAAAAUCAAAACUAGAGAAGGCUGCAGAGCAGGCUAAGCUUGUUUCAGCAGUACAACAGGAAAAUGCGGCGUAUUAUCACAAUUUAAGAUCGUCUAACCGAGUGUACAAAGUUGGAGAUCAGGUAAUAGUAUUAAUACCUGAUUCGACUAAUAAAUUAUUUGCCAGAUGGCAAGGUCCUGCAACUAUCGUUGAGAAACGUAAUCCCCAUUCUUUUUCAGUUAAAAUGUCGGAUGGUUCUACCAAGCACAUUCAUCAAAAUAAGUUAAAACAUUACAUUGCUAGUUCUAACUCUAUAAAUGUCAUUUUUGAGGAAGAAAAAGAAUUCGGGCAUGUUGAAACUUUACCAACCGCUACCAAAGAAUCUAAAUUUUUCGAAAUUCUUGAUAAUCUUGAAAUUAAACACUUAGACAAUUCUCAAUUAGAAACUCUUAAAAAUUUAAUCGUAAAAUUUAAACACAUCUUUACUAAACCCGUGCAACCAGCUGCGGUUGGCACUCAUAAAAUUGAACUAUUGCCCAAUACGGUACAUUGGCCUCAUUGUUAUAGUGUUCCUAUUGCAUACAGAAAGGAAGUUGAAGUCACCAAAGUUCCAGUCUUUCCCAUGAAAGAUUUGCAAGAACUGAUAUUCACUGCAGGGUCAGGCCAUUGGUUAAGUAGCUUAGAUCUUUUAAAGGGAUAUUGGCAAAUAAAAAUGGACGAGGAAAGUAAACGGUUGACGACGUUUGCUACGCAUAAUGCUGUGUACCAGUGGAAGACCAUGCCUUUCGGUCUGGCGGGAGCAUCUGGUACUUUUCAACGUGAAAUGAACCGUGCCUUGAAAUCUCAUUCAGAGUAUGCGCAGGCGUACAUGGAUGAUGUAGUCAUUUAUUCUAGAUCUUUUAAAGAGCAUCUGUUUCAUUUAAAACUUAUACUGACAGAAUUAGAUGAAUUAGGAUUUUCUGUACGGCUGGAUAAAUGUACUUUCGCCACCAAACAAAUAAAAUAUUUAGGCCAUAUUAUAGGUGGAGGUAGACAUGGUCCGGAUAAAGACAAAAUUCUAGCAAUACAGAAAUUAGCUACACCUACCACUAAAAAAGAGGUCAGGUCCGUAUUAGGAUUAAUGGGAUUUUACCGCACAUAUAUACCAAAAUUUGCGGAAAUAUCCACUCCACUCACGGAAUUAACCAAGAAAAAUAAGCCAAACAAGAUACACUGUGAUGCGUCUGAUCAUGGUGUAGGAUGCUGUUUAACUCAGCAAGAUGCUGACGGGUCUUACAAACCAAUAGCCUUUGCCAGCCUAAAAUUCAACGCUGCACAAAAGAACUGGGCAAGCAUUGAGAAAGAGGCUUGGGCAGUGCUAUAUGGUCUGAAUAAAUUCGAUAAGUGGAUUUAUGGUGCUAAGGUGGAGAUCAUAUCUGAUCAUAAUCCUCUUAAAUAUCUGAACCAAACCACUCCUAAAAGUCCAAAGCUAACCCGUUGGGUUCUAGCUCUACAAAGAUGGAAUCAUUCCAUCACACAUAGACCUGAUGUACAGCAUCGAGGUGCGGACGCUCUAUCACGACUGAAAUAA